AUGGGGGUGUUGCCGGUUGAAACACAAGCCGCUAAAAGCUCAUUUCAUUAUUUAUUUGUUUAUUUUAGUUCUUUGAAUGGUUUUAUUUUUGUUAAUAUUUUGAAACCUUUAUUUGUUGAUUUUCUAUUUAACCAAAUUAAUACAAAAUUCCGUGAUGAAAGGUUAUCAGUGCUUGAACAACGAAUUAUUUAUGGUAAAUUACAUGGGGUUUAUAAGAAGGCUUUAAAUAAGGCGUUGCAAAAUAAUUUCAGAUCUGAACAGCUAAUCUAUUUACUGGAAAAUUUCUUGGAGGAUGAAGAUGAUGAACAGGAAAAAUUUACCAUGAAGAAGAUUCGAAAAAGAUGCGGCAAAGGACGUCCGUUGGGUACCAAAAGGUUUAAAUCAGCUCAUGAAACUUAUAAACCUAAUUUAAAGAGUCAUCGAUGA